AUGAAUUAUUCGGAAACGGCCCCCGACGAGCGCGGCGCAACACAAGCCGUUCAGGAGAGUGGAGAAGAAUCUACUCCUCUCCUGGGGCGACGCGGGAACACCGAAAAUGGAGGGACUUCGUCUGCUUUGAAGUUCAUCUUAAUGUGCGGUUUUAAUAGUUUCGUGGCCGAUUGGGUCUACGAGGGCUCCCGAAGUAUUCUCGGGCCGUACCUCCUGCUCCUGGGAGCCGACGCCCUGGCUAUUUCCGUCAUCUCUGGCUUCGGCGAAUUCCUGGGCUAUGCUCUGCGCCUGAUCUCUGGCCGAAGCGCAGAUCGAACUGGACUGUACUGGCCGAUCACCAUUGCCGGUUACAUCUUGCAAAUGGUGGCGGUGCCUUUGCUGUCUUUGGCUCGGUCGUGGCAGGUGGCCGGGAUCCUCAUCAUUCUCGAACGGGUGGGGAAGGCCACGCGGAGCCCCCCACUGAAAGCCAUGCUCUCUCACGCCGCGAAAUCGAUGGGCUUUGGCUGGGCGUUCGGAAUCCACGAGGCCAUGGAUCAGAUCGGUGCUUUAUUUGGCCCACUCUUCGUCGCAUUGCUCCUGAAGGUCAAACACGAAAACUACCAAUUCACAUUCGCCAUGUUGGCAGCUCCCGCUGUGGUAAUGCUUCUUGGAGUUGCAGUCGCGCGACUUGUAUAUCCGCAUCCCGAGAAUCUCGAGUCCGAGUCUCCGGUCCAAGAUACCGAUAAACUGCCACGAGUUUUCUGGAUAUAUCUCCUUGCCUCGUCAUUGGUUGGAGCUGGGUUCGCUGACUUCCCAGUCAUGGCCUACAAAUUCCGCCGCACUGGAGACCUUUCCGAUGAGUUUAUUCCUGUCGUAUACGCUAUCUCAAUGGCUGUAGCCGGCGCAGGCUCCUUGGCUUUUGGUCGACUGUUCGACCGGUUCGGCCUGAAUUUACUGGCGCUGCUUACCCUAAUAGCGGCUGCCUACGCGCCCUUGGUGUUUCUCGGCCGUGGACAUACCCUGGGUAUCAUUGGAAGCUGUUUUUGGGGUCUAGGAACGGGUGUCCAUGAAUCCAUCAUUCCAGCAGCGGUGGCGCCGAUGGUCGGACCCGGUCGUCGAGCGUCCGCGUACGGGCUGUUCACGGCCAUUUAUGGCGUGUCCUGGUUUCUCGGGAGCACCGUUAUUGGCCUGUUGUUCAAUAGAUGGAUGCCCGCGGUCGUCAUCUUCUCUGUGGGCCUCCAAUUAGCUGCCAUACCGCUGAUAGUCUAUGCGAGCAGAUUGAUCAGCCAGUCCCGGGCAUCAACUGGUACAGAGGAAGAGCCAUUUUUGGAGCCAAGUGAUAUCUAG